CGGACGUGCACGCACGCACAGCAGCGUUGCACAGAACGUGCAUUCGAAAAAUGGCCGACAGCGGGGAUGGAGCGAACAGUACGUUGUCCGGAAAAGAGACGAGAAAUAUGCUCGCCGACGGCCCGGUCACCGAUCCGGCGUCCAUUACAAAGAGCUUAGAGGCAUCAAAUAAUGCCUUUCAUGGCCCGAGAACAAAAUUAGAUUCAAAAUCUGGCGCACUGAAGAAAUCCAGCCGCUACCGCAGUCGCUCCUUGUCGGCCAGCAGCACCGACAGUUACAGCUCCGCCUCUUACACAGGAAGCUCUUCUGACGAGGAUGACGUGUCGCCGCGCGAGAAGAUCCAGAAGACGGAAAAGGGCUUCACGGAUUUCUGCGUGCGCAAUAUCGAUCAGCACGCCUUCGGUCGACGAGAAAUCGAAAUCGCCGAACAGGAGAUGCCAGGAAUCAUGGCGCUGCGAAAGCGUGCGGCGGACGACAAGCCGCUGAAAAACGCCAAGAUCGUGGGAUGUACUCACAUCAACGCGCAGACGGCCGUUCUGAUCGAGACGUUGGUGGAACUGGGCGCGCAAGUGCGAUGGGCCGCGUGCAACAUUUACUCGACGCAAAACGAGGUAGCCGCGGCUUUGGCUCACGCCGGGUAUCCGGUGUUCGCGUGGCGUGGCGAGACCGAGGAGGACUUCUGGUGGUGUAUCGAUAAGUGCGUGGCAGCUGAAAACUGGCAGCCUAACAUGAUACUGGACGACGGCGGUGACGCCACUCACUUAAUGCUCAAGAAAUACAAUGCCAUGUUCAAAAUGAUUCAAGGAAUUGUCGAAGAGAGUGUAACAGGUGUACAUAGACUGUAUCAAUUGUCGAAAGCGGGUAAACUGUCUGUUCCCGCGAUGAACGUGAACGACAGCGUGACCAAGACGAAAUUCGACAAUCUCUACAGCUGCCGCGAGAGCAUCAUCGACAGUUUGAAAAGAUCCACCGACAUCAUGUUCGGAGGCAAGCAAGUUGUUAUAUGCGGUUAUGGGGAGGUUGGGAAGGGAUGUUGCCAAGCUCUCAAAGGCUUAGGCUGUAUUGUUUAUAUCACUGAGAUUGAUCCCAUAUGCGCUCUCCAAGCCAGCAUGGACGGCUUCAGAGUGAUGAAGCUCAAUGAAGUCAUUCGAAAUGUUGACAUUGUUAUUACAGCGACGGGCAAUAAAAAUGUGGUCACGAGGGAGCACAUGGACAAGAUGAAGAACGGAUGCGUUGUGUGCAACAUGGGCCACAGUAACACGGAGAUAGACGUCAAUAGUUUACGCACGCCCGAUCUGACUUGGGAGAAAGUGAGAUCGCAAGUGGAUCAUGUGAUUUGGCCGGACGGUAAACGCAUCGUUCUGUUGGCGGAGGGUCGUUUAGUAAACUUGUCGUGCUCAAGUAUUCCAUCUUUUGUUGUGUCAAUUACUGCCGCUACGCAAGCUCUAGCCCUCAUCGAGUUGUUUAACGCGCCACCGGGACGAUACAAGAGCGACGUUUAUCUGCUGCCAAAGAAGAUGGAUGAAUAUGUCGCGUCGUUGCAUUUACCCACGUUCGACGCGCAUUUGACGGAAUUAACGGACGAACAGGCGAAAUACAUGGGUCUCAACAAGGCAGGUCCGUUUAAGCCUAACUAUUACCGGUAUUUGAAAUGUCAAAAUGUUCAGACGUAAGUGGGAUUUGUGUGUAACCAUCCGAAUAAACGUCGUGAUUAAACAGUUGUGAGAGAAAAAGAGAGCUUUCUGAAGAAGAUAGAGUUCGUGUCACGCAGUAUCAAAGCCGCAAAUUACCUACAUUGUAGAUACAAAUAUUAUAUAUAGUUUGCAAAGUCAAAGAGUGUGGUAAUUGAACAGUUGUGUAUCUGUCCAUUAUACAUAGAUAUUACCUUUCACAAGUAAGUUACACAAGAGUAUUCUCUAGUUCGUAAUUGAUACAAAAAAACAAAAAAAAAACAAAAACCAUUUUAAUAGUAUUACGAGCGAAAUACACACAGGACAUUCCGCGCGUGUGUCCGUGGUGCGUGUGCAUGUAUAUAUGUUAUGUACACACGCUUGUGUAGGUUUGUAAAAGAUCACUCCGAUCUCCAUCGAGACGAUUUGAGACCGAAAAGAGAUCGAAGAAAAGUUUAAGAGUGUUCGGCCGCUUGAUCGAUUUUAACUCGAUUUUUAAUAAUAAACAUUCUCGGGCGAUAUAUAAGUUUUUAAAUAUUUUACAAAUUUUCUUACACGCGCUCUUAAAUCUUUUAGAAUCUUUUUACACGACAGCCUCUGUGUACAAGUCACAUGUACAUAAGUUAUGUACAUACAUAUAUACGUUCGACCACUUCUCUAGUAUAUUAUUGCAAUGUGCGUGCGCGUGCUGAUGCACAUUAGUCAAUGAAUUUGUUGUGCCCUUAUAUAUAGUAAUGAAAUUACAUUUAAAAA